AUGAGUGGUAAGAACAGACCGGAGGAAGGGGAGGAGGAAGGAAGAGAAGAAGGGGAGGAGGAAGUGGAAGAGGGGGAAGAGAUUGAAGAGGGGAUGGAUAUGGGAGAGGAGGAGGAGGAAGUGGAGGAGGGUGAAGUGGGGGAAGAUGGAGAAGAGGAGGAAGAGGAGGAAGAGGAGGAAGAGGAGGAAGAGGAGGAAGAGGAGGAAGGGGAGGUGAGAGAAAGCGAGGUGGAGACGGACGAAGAGAGCAAUGAAGGGGUAGCAGGUAGGGAUGGGGCGGAAGAGAUUUCUGAAGCGCGGCAUGAGUUGGAGGUGAGAGAGGAGAGGGAAGGUCGAAACCCGGAGAUGGAUGCAGAGUGGGAUGAGAGAGAUGCAGAGUGGAAUGAGAGAGGAGGUACGGGUGGUGAGCAAGGCCGAGGGGGAGAGAAGGUGGAGAAGGGAGUGGUAAGAGAGGAGAGGGAAGAGGAGAGAGAAGCGGCGGGAGAAAUGGAGGGAGAAGAGGGGAGAAAACAGGAGCAGGGAGGAGAGGGUGAAGAGGGAGAGGAGGGAGAGGACGGGAAGGGGAGGGAGGAGGUGGAAGAAGGAAAGGAGAGGCAGGAGGAAGGGGAGGCGCAGACAAAGCAUUGGCAGGUGAAAGAGGAAGAAACAGUGGAAUUGAGAGGGAGAGUGGAGGAGAAAGAGGGCUCUGGAAGGGCGUGUGAGAUGGAGAAAAAUGAUGGCGAGAAGGGCGAGGAGGGAGAAGGGGGCAACGGGGAAGAGAGAGAGGAGGAGGAGGGUCAGGUACAGCAGCGGCAGGCAGAAGCAGUUGAAGUGAGAGGGAGAGUGGAGGUGAGAGAGGGCUGUGGAGGUGCGUGUGAGAUGGAGAAAAAUGAUGGCGAGAAGGGCGAGGAGGGAGAAGGGGGCAACGGGGAAGAGAGAGAGGAGGAGGAGGGUCAGGUACAGCAGCGGCAGGCAGAAGCAGUUGAAGUGAGAGGGAGAGUGGAGGUGAGAGAGGGCUGUGGAGGUGCGUGUGAGAUGGAGACAGACCGUGGGAAGCAGGGCGAGGAGGGGGAAGAGGGGGAGAAGGGUAUGGGGAAGGGAGAGAGGGGGAAAGGCAAGGGGGAGGAGGACAGUAGGACGAAGCACCAGCAGGCAGAAGAAGAAGAGGAAGCAGUGGAAGUGGAACGGAGAGUGGAGGAGAGAGAGGGCUGUGGAGGGGCGUGUGAGAUGGAGACAGUCGGUGGGAAGAAGUGCGAGGAGGGCAAGAAAGGGGAGGAGGGGGACGAGAAGGAGGGCGAGGAGAGGGAGGAGGGGAAGGGGAAAAGGGACUCGGAAAGGGAGGAGGUGAGGGUCAGAGGGGAGAUGAGUGGAGGGGAGAAGAUGAGUGGAGGGGAGAUGAUGAGUGGAGGGGACAAGAGUGCGUGCAAGGGGGUUGAUGAGCAGAGAGGAAUGGUAGGGCAGGGAGGUUCAGGAGAGCCGGAGGGCGAAGAAGCGGAGAAAGCAGAAGCAUCUGAUCAAGAAGCAGGUGAAGCAGCAGGAGGGGGAGGAGAAGGGUUUGAAGGAGAAGCAGGGGAUCACAACACUGUGGCAGGGGAUCACAACACCCACAAGACAGCUUCUGAGGCAGCAGCAGCUCAAAAGGCUCAAAACUCCCACAACUCCCACACGACUUAUGAGGCGUCCCAAAAUCCAGCCUCCGGCACAACACCUCAGAAGGCUCAAAAAACAGUCUCCCCUCCUAAGGCUCCUAGGCUUUCAAAAGAGUUGAACCGGUUGCUUCACGACGCGUGCAAGUCAGCGGAGCAGGCAGCAGCUGCGGUGUCCUCCCGGAAAGCACAGGCCGCCCUGGUGGCCGCUUGGCAUGCCCAAACGGCUGUGGUAUCAUCGCCCUCACGAGAGAAUGCUGGGGAUGCUCGAAACAGGCACGCAAAGGUUGCUGUUUCAACCUCUCGGCAUGCGCAGACUGCUGUGGCGUCAUCAUUGCGAGAGGAUGCUGGGGAUGCUCGAAACAGGCACAUACAGACUGCAGUGGAGCUGUUGUCAGAAAAAAAAUCUGGGAAUUCUCAGAAAGCACGUGCACAGACUGAUUACUGCUUUGUGUGCUACGAUGGCGGUGCCCUCGUGGCGUGUGAGAAGAGGGGCUGCCCCAAGGCGUACCAUCCGGAGUGCACUGGGCUCCCCGAGAAGGUUUUUGAGUCUUCUGCCCCUUGGACUUGUGAGGUGCCUAAACAAAUGGAGGAUGGGGAUGGGAAAGCGAGGGAAAAGGAGGUGGAGGGCGGAAGUGGGGAUGGCAUUCAAAAGGAAGAGGCGAGGAAGGAAGCGGAAGGUGGGAGGGAGAGGGAGCGGGGGAGCGAGAGUGUGCAGGAGAGGGAGGAUGAGAAGGUGGGGAGGGAUGGGGAGAGAGAGAAGCGGGGAGAGAGCACACAGGCACGGGAGGAUAAUGAGGACGAAGGGAGGGAAGAGAAAGAACAGGAGGAGGAAAGUGGAAAGGAGAAAGGGUUUUCGGAGGGAGGGAGUAUCUGGUGGGGCAGGGAGGGCGAGGAGAGGAGGGAAGGGAAUGUGGGGUGGAUGCUGGAGCAACUGGAGGAAGGAGGGCGGAAGGUUCUGGGGCUGUGCGGCGCGUGCUAUGUGAAGGUGGCGAUGAUUCAGCACGGCAUUGAAAGGACCCCGACUGGCAGGGUUCUAGACAUGGACGACACAUUCUCCCCUGCAUGGUAUUUCAAGGACUAUUACUCGGUGAUGUGCGAUCAGGAGUGGUUGGUGAUCGACGUGGGAAAGAUCUACCUGAAGCGCAGGCACAUGGAAAUGGCAGAGAGGCUCGGGUUAGAGAAGGCUGCUGAGCCGGGAGGAAGCUUGGAGAGGAGUGCAGAGGCGUUGAGAGGGAUGCUGGUGGGCGGACUGGCUCGGCUGCGGUGUUCUGAUGUGUUUGAAAUGGUGAAUGCGUCGGGAUACAAGCUUGUCCUCAUUACAAACGGGGUGUUUCGACCUCCCGAGGUGGCGGAGGUCAACGAGUUGGUGCGACGAGGGUCACUGCCCCCCUUCUUCAUGGACAAGUUGGAGGAGCAGGUGCGCCAGAUAAGGCAUAUUUUCUUUGAGACGGAGUACCAUCAAACUCUGGAGCGAGUGCAGCAGCUGAAGAAAGCAAAAAAAUAUCCGCUCACUGCCCCCACUGCCCUCGUUCCCUUCACUCCCCUCACUGCCCUCACUGCCCUCGUUCCCUUCACUCCCCUCACUCCCUUCACUCCCCUCACUCCCCUCACUGCCCUCACUCCCCUCACUGCCCUUACUUCCCUCACUGCCCUGCAUCAUUUCGCACUCUCCUCCCUGCACUUGACUACCGUCUCACCUUUCUCAACCGCCCCGUACUCCUUGAUGUUGACGCUGACGGAUCAUCUGCCCCUAGACACCCGCCCUUGCACCCCUCUCUUGCCCCUCCCACCCAACCGCCUCCCACCCAUCUGCCUCACACCCAACCGCUUCCCACCCAACCGCCUCACACACAACCCCCUACCACCCAUCCGCCUCCCACCCAACCCCCUCACACCCAACCGCCUCACACCCAACUGCAUCACACACAACCACCUCACACUCAACCACCUCCCACCCAACCUCCUCACACCCAACCUCCUCCCACCCAACCGCAUCACACCCAUCCGCCUCACACCCAACCUCCGCCCACCCAACUGCCUCACACCCAACUUCCUCCUUCUUCCGCCCAUGCCCCCUCCUCCCAACCCCCUUCCUCCCAGCCCCCCUCCGCCCAUCCCCCUUCCUACACCCCGCCUUCAACCCUUCACCCACAUACCUCUCCUCCCCAACUGCCCCCUCCCCAACUGCCCCCUCCCCAACUGCCCCCUCCCCAACUGCCUCCUCCCCAACUGCCCCACCCCACAUCCGCCCUCCCCACCCACACCCUCCUCUCAACCCACUCCCUCCCAAACCCCACCCGACCACCCAUCCCUCUCCCUACCCCGCCCAUCCCUCCCCAUCCUCCGCCCAUCCCUCUCCCUACCCCGCCCAUCCCUCCCCAUCCUCCGCCCAUCCCUCUCCCUACCCCGUCCAUCCCUCCCCAUCCUCCGCCCAUCCCUCUCCCUACCCCGCCCAUCCCUCCCCAUCCUCCACUCAUCCUUCCCCGCUUCCGCCCGUGCGUCCAGCUUCCCUCCUAACACACACAGCCCCAUAACUUUUGACUAUGAGUCACCAGAAGACCUACUCCUUCCCCCAGGCGUCACUCCCUCCCCACACACGUAUUCCCCUCUUCCCCCAGCCGUUAUCCCCCCUGGAGAGGCUGCUCCGCCCCCAGGGGGCGCAACUGUCCCCCCAGGGGGAGCAACUCCACCCACAGGGGGGGCAACUGCGGCCAUAGGGGGAGCUCCUGCGCCCAUUGGGGGAGCAAAUGCGCCCAUAGGGGGAGCACCUGCGCCCAUAGUGGGAGCACCUGCGCCCACAGGGGGAGCAACUGCGGCCAUAGGGAGAGCACCUCCGCCCCCAGAGGGAGCACCUCCGCCCACAGAAAAAAUUCCGCCUCCCCCAGAGGGGUUCCCCCCCAAGCAUGGGGGAAACCUUCCGGGGAGAAUCGCUCGCUUCCACCUCCCCCAGAGGGCGCACUUCCCCCCACAGGUCCCAUAG